AUGUCAGCACCUCCAGCUCCAGCUCCAGCUCCACCUUCAGCCGGCCAACGCGUCGCUCACACCCCCGAGCUUCUCGAAGAGAUCCUACUCCACCUCGACGACGGUAACAUCAAGCACCUCAAAUCCCUCCUGCAAAGCCAACGAGUCUCCCACCAAUUCCGUGCCACAAUCCAAGGAUCAGCAAAACUCUUACGCGCCCUCUUCCUCAACCCGACCCCAGGAAAACGCCGUUACUACACCCACAACCCCUUCUUCGGACAAAGCAGCUCGGAUUCUCGGUUUAACAUGGUUUUCCUCCCGAUCAGUGGCUGGUACAAUGUAAUCAGAGCGCAUGUGGAUUGCAGCGUGGUGGAGCGUAUAUUCGAUGGGACGGAUGAUGUCUGGGUUACGUUCAGGACUUUCGAUCCAGAUGAUGAGGUGCGAUCCUUGGAACGUGAAGAAUCGUGGAGGAAGAUGGUGUUGAUGGAUUCUGAUUAUUGCGUUACCACUGUGAAGGUGCACAAGUCUUCGUAUGGGUCUGGGAAACAUGUGUUUAAGGGUUAUUGGGGCAAUCCGACGUUUGGAGAGUUGUUCGAUGUUGCGUUCCCGAAGCCUUGGAAAGGAUGA